AUCAAGGCUAAAGUGAAAAUACAUUUAAUAAAUUUGAGAUAAAAAUGGGCUGUGAUCCACCAUAUGUUGUUCCAAAGUAUGAUAAAUUUUGCAGUAUAAAAGGCAUAGCACAGUUAGAGGAGCUCGAAAAGGCAUUAGCUAAGAAAGGCCUGAAGGAUCCCUGGAUAAGGAAUGAGAUAUGGAGAUAUCAACCUGGCUUCGGUACUAAAAUGCAAAAGGUCUGGUAUUUGUUUUUUCGAGGCCUUCCAGCAGGAUUGGCACUGACUAUCGCCACAGUGGCUCUUGAGAAGACACUCGGUGGUGGUGGACAUGAAGAACACGAGGAUCAUAAAAAACAUUAGUUAUAAUAAAAUUUGUCCCUGAUUUUAAUAAAUCUAG